ACAGCAUUCCACGGCAAUUAGUCAUUGAUGCCCGGUUUGUCGAGGAAGCGACACAGGCGGUUGAGCGCAGAUCAGGGUUGUGGACGUUAGAAGCAAAAGAUACUUUUAUAAACGACUAUCGAGUGAGAUGUACUACAGAGUGGGGCUUCCUUUCCCAUUCAGGUUAGGAAUCACAAAGCAAGAUGCAGAGCCAAUUAAGGGUGACAAGAUGUCCAUGUGUGUUGGAAGUGUCUGUAACAACUACGUCCUGGACGAAACUGGCAUCAUUGACGUGGUCAUUCCUUCCGGAGUCUUGAUGAAGGGCAAAGAGAUAGUGGUGAAGCCUGUCAACCCAGGAAUACAAAGUGGACCGCUUGGUAACCUUUCUUCGACAAAUUCUUACUAUAUUGAGCCUCUGUUGUAUUACUCGCCUUCGAAUUCCAGUCUCCAACUUGAUAUUCCCUCAGUGGUACUGAGUUGCAAUCCUGGAGAAAUCACAGAAGUUGAAAUUCCGGUUUUAUUUGUCAGCAACGGGACUGCCAAGGCGUUGAUUAGGUCACAGCUGACGUCAGGUGCCCAGGUAUUGUGGACAGAGGUCAAGAGUUAUAACCUCAGGGAAUCUGCUCUUCAGAUAGGUCAAGGGAAGCCGCUUCGACAAGAGCGCAACAGCUUCGAUCCUAGUCUCGUCAGAGGGAAUUUUGUCAUCAAGGUUCCUGUGCCUACCUUUCACUUGGCAGACCUCAAAGUACUGGUAUGGUACGUUAGGACUGACAGUGAAGUUGUGUCAACCUCUGGUGAGCUGAAAUCUGAACAGUGCCUCCAGAACCCUACUAGUCUGAAUUUUUCGUCACCCGGACCAACUCCAGCACCAAACGAUCCCGUGACCAUAACUCUAUCUGCCGCACCCAAGUCCGUCUGUGGAAUUAGUGUUGCUGACCGAAGAUCAGGAGUCCAGGGACUAACAACAUCCGCCAUCUUCGAGGUCCUGAAUGAGGCCAGAAUAUCGCCUUAUUAUGACAACACACAGAUUGACAACUAUAACUACUGCUAUGGUGCCAAGGGCAUCUCGUAUUACGAAGACGGUAGACAACUGUCUAACGGCGAGACUCUACCCUACCCUUAUUUUGAUUUCUCUGACGUGGAUGCAAUUUUUGCUUUCAAUGAUGUUGGCUUGGUUGUCCUGACAGAUCUGACAGUGGAGACUAGGCCAUGCGGUUUCAUUUAUCUAUUUGAUUAUUUCAAUUAUGAUAUUUAUGAGUCUGGACCACCAGACAGCUCUUACGUUCCUGGGUCAGUACCCGAAAGUGGGCUGAAUGAACCUGAUUACGUAGACGCAGCAACAAUAGACGAAUGGCGUAACAACUAUGCAGAUGCCUGGCUAUGGAAAAUAGUUGUUGUCAAUGACGAGGGCCAGUUUAAAGAAGACUUCCUGCUACCUGACAGCAUGAUGGAAUUGGUGGGUGAAGCCGUGUGCGUCCAUCCAGAAAAAGGUAUAGGCCUAAGUCCCAUCGCAACCAUCAGCACAUUGACCCCAUUUGCACUAGAUCUGACUCUGCCACCAGCUGCUCGUCUAGGAGAAACCAUUCCAAUCUUGCUCUCAGUCUUCAACUAUCAAAAAGAGAGGUUACCAGUGAGAGUUGCCCUUCAAGAAAGCAGUAGCUACACAGGUGCAAGCACAUCAGCCGACAUGUGUGUGAAUGCAGAGGACAAGGGGGUGGCGGAGUUUAUUGUAACACCUGUGGAAGUGGGUGACAUUGAACUGACAUUCACGGCAUCUAUUAAUAGGCAGGAUACUCAGUGCAGUAGUACCACAACCACAGAGAAAAGUGACACCAUAACCAAGCUUCUAAGAGUGAAAUUCGAAGGCAUUUCACAAGAGAGAGUCGUGAGUGAUUACUUCUGUCUAGUGAAUGGUCAGCCCCAAGACGACUUCGAGACUUGGUCUGUUGGUACCCCUGAGGGAAUUGUCCCAGAUUCAGAGAAGGUUUUCGUCAGUGUCACAAAGGACCUCCUGGGUCCAACGAUUCAAAACUUAGAUGACUUGAUCCCAAUGCCCCAGGGGUGUGGAGAGCAAAAGAUGAUGGAAAUCGCUGCCAGUUUUUACAUUCUAAAGUACCUGGAGGCCAUUGGACAAUUAACCCCUGAGAUAGAGCAGCUUACAAAGAGAAAUAUGGAAUUUGGAUACCAAGCGAUGCUAACCCAUGCGAGGGAUGACGGCUCCUACGAUGCCUUCAUUCGUUAUGAUUUUCUAGGAGGAUCUACCCUGCUAACAGCGUAUGCCCUGAGGGUCAUUGCACAAGCUUCUCGAUAUAUUACUGUUGAUGGGAGAGACCUGGGUAGGAAUGCAGAUUGGUUAGAACGUCUUCAAGACAAGGAUGGAUGCUUCAGUCUGAGGGAACUGUACACAAUAAGGAUCUCUUGGGAGGCGUGGAUGGUCAGUCUCUGCUACCACUGACAGCCUAUGUCAUGAUAGCCAUGCUGGAAUCUGGAUUAGUGAAAGACACGGCCCCUGUUUCUAAUGCCACCAAGUGUAUCACAUCUGCCACCAAAAAUGCUCCUUACACCAAUGCCCUCAUUGGCUACGCCCUGUCUCUUGCU